AUGUCAGAAGCCAGGCCGUCUGGUGAUGAGGCCACAAAUGCGAAGCGCCCUGGGGAGCUCUUGGCAGACAGGAUGGACUCGCUGCACUGCGCGCCUUUUGACAGCUGCAGGCAGGGCUCCCCUAGCCUGAUGCCUUCUUCCAAGCGCCCCAAGCGCGUGCCCCCUCGUUUACCUGCGCCGGCGGAGGUUUCAGAGCAAGAGGCCGCAGGAGAAGGCGAAGAAGCGCAAGCCAGUUCUUCUGACUGGCGCAUGGUCCUUUACCAUGACCGGAACGUGGUCCUCUUCAAUCCGGGUGAGAAGCCCGCUUUCCGCUCGCGUAGACUUUCGGUGGACGAAGCGGCGCCAGGAACAGAGCUGUCGAACCCUUCCGGACGGUGCCCUCUCUGCAGGCAGACGGUGGAUGCCCGCUUCGCGUUCGCGGCGCAGGCGUACUUCGAUCUUUUGCAAGGACUCUUCCGCAGUGGAAGCCGCGAUCCGGAGGGUGAAGACAUUGACCUGCUUGCGGAAAGCGACCUGUACAGGAUCCUCGGGCUCCCGCGAAGCGCGCGAGCCGAUGACAUCAAGCGGGCCUACCGGAAGCGCUCCCUGAGGUACCACCCCGACAAGAACCCCGACGACCCCGACGCCAAGCUCAAGUUUCAGAAGGUCGCAGAGGCCUUCACGGUCCUGUCAGACGAGAACAAGCGCGCAAAGUACGACAACUCUGGUGACAUGGACCUGGAGGGCUUCGACGUGGAGACCUUCAUGGAGAUGGUGAACGCUGCCGGGCUGAAGUUCCAGAAGCGCGAAGAUCGCAGCGAGGACCGCGGCGGCGAGGACUUGCAGGACGAGCAGUCGAGAAGCGCCAUGGAUCGCUUGGCGAGCCUGGGUGUUUCGGACGAGGAGCAGGGCGACGCCAUCGCCAUCGGAGAUGGAGACUACGACGCGAAUCCGUUUCUCCUCGGUGCCCAGACGGCCAAUCCGGAGGAGGUGCCCAUCUUCACAUCCGAGGGGGGUGCCGAAGCAGAGCAAGCAGCCGCCGCGGCGUUGCGGCACCUUCCGGCAGGCUUGCUGAACACAGGGUAUUAUGCCCGGUUCUUCCAGGAGACGAAGCACCUUGGCUCCGGAAGUUUCGGGGCAGUGUACCUUUGCCGUCACGUCUUGGACGACAUGAUGCUGGGCGACUAUGCCGUGAAGAAGGUAGCAGUCGGAGACAACAAGGUCUGGCUGCGGGAUAUGGUUCGGGAGGUGAAGACCUUUGAGCGCUUACAUCAUCCCAACAUAGUCGAGUACAAGCACUCCUGGCUGGAACUAUCGAGGCGUUCGGAGUUCUGCCCCUUUGUGCCUUUCCUCUUCAUUCUCAUGCAGUACUGCAACGGCGGCUCCUUAGCGGAGCAGAUAUGGCACGAUGGAAACUCCCAGACGCCCAAAGAGCAGAUGCCCACAGAUCAGAUCUGGCACUUCCUCCUGGACAUCCUCCUGGGGCUGCAGCACCUGCAUAGGCAGGGCAUCCUACACCGGGACCUGAAACCCACCAACAUCCUCCUCUCCUUCCCCGACACCAGGAGCGGGAAUGGCGAGAGCUUUCCAAGGGCGCUUCUGAGUGACUUUGGAACGGCCCAGGCCUUUGGGGAGCCACCGGCCAGUGCCACAGCAGCGGUCUCUCGUGGGUACACAGGUACUGUGGAGUACACCGCUCCUGAGCUUCUACUCACGGAGGAUUUGGAGCGCGAGUACUCCGAGAAGAGUGACAUGUGGUCACUUGGCAUGGUGCUCUAUGCAAUGUGCUUCUCCUCCUUGCCGUUUUCUCAUGACGACCCACAUGUUCUGAAGGGCCUGAUUAAAUCCUUCGUGGAAGAGAAGCGCCGACCGACUCCUAACGAGAAGGCGCCUAGUGCCGAGGAAGACGCCUCCGGGUGGCUGCCGUUCGAUACGGGCGGGCGCAUUGGGCCUCUGCGAUUGGUGCUUGCUGCUCUGCUGGCGCUAGACGCCCGUCGGCGGCCGGCUGCCACAGACCUGCUGGAGAACCCAGUCUUCCGGCGACAGGCGCGCCGAUACCUGCGAAAGGCAGACGUCGGAGAUGCGCAGAGUACAGCAUUGCCAAUCGACACAUCCUGGAAUUGCUUCGACUAG